AUGGACGUGGAGAAGGGCCGUCGCUCCAAGGGUAUGACCACCCUGGAAAAGUGCUUGAUAUUCCUCUUCGUGGCGAUGACCGCCAUCGCCAUCGCCUUUGUGGUCCUCCACUUUGUUGAUACUCCUAAAGAAGGAGAAGGUCUGCACUCGGGCUGCAGUGGUCCACAGGAGCUGUCCGGAGAUUCUGGCACCUUCACCAGCUUUAACUACCCCAGUAGCUAUGACAACGGCAAGAGUUGUACCUGGCACAUCAGCGUGGACCCUGAUAAGGUGAUCCAACUGUGGUUUGAGGAGUUUGCUUUGGAGGACACCAAGCUCUGCACAGGAGAUUUUGUCACACUUCAAGAUUCACUCGGAGUCAUUGGUAAAUACUGUGGCUACACUAAACCGAAGCCUGUGGUCUCACUUACAAACCGCCUGACGGUCUACUUUGACACCAAUGAUGAAAAAACAGACCAGGGAUUCAAGGCUCAUUACAAAGCUGUGGCUCCAGAGACCACAUUAGAAAUAGCUGGAGCCGGUGGCUUUCUCCAAGGUGACCAGGGGGAAAUGCAGACCCCCAGCUUUCCACUGCAGAACUACCCAAAUAAUGCACUCUACCAGUGGAGAAUCACGGUUCCUGAAGGUGAGAGGGUUCGACUGACGUUCACCUCCUUUGACAUGGUCCCUGAGGCCUGUGGAGACUUUGUUGAAGUUUAUGAUGGCUACAAGGCCGGCUCUUCUUUGCUGGGUAAAUUCUGCGGUGGAAAGGUGCCAAAGCCAGUGGAGUCCAGCAGCAACAUAAUGGUGGUCCGCUUUAAAUCAGACAGCACCUUGACUUCCAAAGGAUUCAGUGCCACUUUCACCAAGUCCAGCCUUCCACCUGUCGUUAUCACCACCACGAUAAGACCAACACCCACACCAGGCAACACAACAACACUUAUCCCACAAACCACCACAGCUCCUGCACUGUCUGGUUGUGGUGGUCCGUCGGUCCUUAACGGGCGUAAAGGAGUGAUCCAGUCCUUGGGUUUUCCAAAUGCUUAUCCCGCUCAUCUGAGAUGUCAGUGGAAAAUAACUGUGCCAAAAGGAUUCCUGGUUAAACUGCAAAUCACAGACAUGGCCAUCACAGGAGAGGUUGGACAAUGCAAGGAGGACAAACUGGUCAUCUCAGAUCAUUACAGCACACUGGGCACCCACUGUGGUUACCUUCUGCCCCCACUGGUGGUCAGUGCCAGUGAUACAAUAUCUGUCACUUUCCAAUCUGACAGCCGCCUCACAGACCGAGGUUUCUCUGCCAAGUGGGAGGCAGUAUAUCCCGAGGAUAUCGCAGAAAUCCAGGGCUGUGGUUUUUCUUCCAAAGAGGUAACCGGGGUUAUCAAGUCCCUGAACUGGCCUAUGAACUACAAAGCUAACACUGAAUGCAUGUGGAACAUUGCUGCACCUUUGGGGAAGAAGAUCAGUCUGACAUUCACCCACUUUGACCUGGAACCUAAAGACUUCCUGAUGAACAAGUGCUAUGACAACAUCAUGGUGUACGAUAUCAAUACAUUUACUAACACAUUCCAGAAACAUGGUCCAUUUUGUGGGACUAAGAUACCUGCUUCUAUCCAGACAAAAGGCAACAGACUGGUGAUCCGCUUCCACACAGACUUAUUUACUGAGGGCAAAGGCUUUAGGGCUUACUGGACCACAGACCCCAGUCUGCCUGCACCCACUGAGCCUCCUGUUCAGCCUAAUCCCUGGGAUAACAUCACCAUAGACUGGCCGACUACAUGUGGGAAACCAGCCUUUCCUCCUGCUGUUACGUCUCGCAUUGUAAACGGAGAACCAGCCAGACCACACUCCUGGCCUUGGCAAGUCUCCAUGCAGGUUUGGCCGGAUAGUCGUCCCACGUAUGCACACAUCUGUGGUGGUACUCUCAUUCACAAGAACUGGGUACUCACAGCAGCCCACUGCUUCAUAAACUAUGCUGACGAGCUGCAUCGCUGGCGUAUGUGCCUCGGCAAACACAACCUGACCUACACAGAGCCCAGUGAACAGUGCUUCAAUGUGUCUGGCAUCUAUCGCCAUGAGCUCUUCAAGUAUCCCACAGUGCCCACAGUGGAGUUUGACAUCGCCCUGGUCCGGCUGGAUAGAGAGGUGAUUCCCACAGAUGAGAUCAAUUAUGCCUGCCUUCCCUCUGAGGAGGAAAUCCUACCAGGAGGCAAGAAGUGCUACGCCACCGGCUGGGGAGAUGAAACAGGUAAUCCGAUGACUGCCAAACCUUCAGAGGCUCUUAACCAAGUGGACCUGCCUAUUGUACCAUUUGACACCUGCAAAAGGAUGGAUUACUGGUGGUUUCAAGUCAAACCCUCCAUGAUCUGUUGUGGUUAUACUCUACCUGAUGAGCUCAAGUCUGUUUGUCAGGGAGACUCAGGUGGUCCUCUGGUGUGCCGGGAUACCAUCGACAGUCCCUGGGAGGUUCAUGGUAUCACCAGCUUUGGCCCGAUUGGAUGCAUCAUGAAUAAGAAACCCUCUGUGUUUACCCGGUUCUCUGCUUACCUCCCCUGGGUUAAAAACGUCAUGCGCAGAGACAUCUACAAUGAACACACAUCUGGCUGUGGUGGUCCGAAGGAUUUGAUCGGCGCAGAGGGCUCAGUGUCCUCUAUGGGAUUCCCCGGCAGCUACAGCAACAAAGCUCGUUGCCAGUGGAACAUCCAGGUGCCCGACGGCAAACUAGUCCACCUCCAUUUCCGCAACUUCUCUCUGGAGGAGAGUGAUAUAUGCAUGAACGACAAAGUCAGCCUCAGAGACAGACUAGGAAGCCUAGGCACCCACUGCAGCCAUGUUCCUCCUCGAGACAUAGUGAGUGAUGGAAACACCCUUCACAUCAGCUUCUCCUCCAAUGACAGAGUGGUGGAUACAGGCUUCCAUGCCACCUGGAGGGCUGUGGACCCUUCAGAAGCUCCUUGUGGAGGAAGCUUCAGCACUGAGCAGGGUGAAAUCAUUUCUCCAAACUGGCCCAGUGAUUACCAUGCCCGGUCUGUAUGCACAUGGCAUAUCAAGAUCCCCGCAGCAACAAGUAUUCAUGUGGUCUUCACUCAUUUUGAGGUGCAAGCUGUGAACGCAUUUGGAAAGUGUGUGGACUAUGUGGAGAUAUUCAAUGGAGAAAGCAUGACGUCACAAGGUCGAUUCUGUGGCUUUUCCCCUCCACCAAGUAUUCACAUCACAGGUAACACCGCGAUCAUUCGCUUCCUUAGUAACGGAGCCAAUCAGCAGAAAGGUUUCCGUGGAUACUGGACCACCAAUGCCGGUGUUAUACCCACUUUACCACCUCCUCCUCCUAACCCAUGGGACAACAUCACUAUCACCUGGCCGAAAAAUUGUGGACAACCUGCUGUGACACCCAGCGAGGCCACUCUGAAGGUGGUCAAUGGAGUGGAGGCGGUCCCUCACUCCUGGCCGUGGCAGGUUUCCAUGCAGGCUUCACCUAUGCCUCCUGUACCUUACAUGCACGGUUGUGGAGGUUCUCUAAUUCAUGAGGAAUGGAUCCUAACUGCUGCACAUUGUUUCAUGUUUCCCCUGAAUAUACCCAGAUUCUGGCGUAUGUGUCUGGGGAAGCACCACAUGAACUCUUCCAUGGACGUGCCCUCAGCAGAGGCCUGUUAUAAAGUAGACGGAAUCAUUCGCCAUGAGGGCUUUGUCUAUGAGCAGGAUCGUACCGACAUCACCAACGACGUAGCCCUGGUCCAUUUGGCUGAGCCUGUCAAUAUGACCAGGGAGAUCAGCCCGAUCUGUCUCCCAAAGCCUGAGGCUGUGCUGCCUGGGGGGACAAACUGCUUCGUCACCGGAUGGGGAGAUGAGAAAGUCUCAGGUAACCUUUUCCCUCAAGUGGCUGAGAAGUUGAAUCAGGCAGCCCUUCCUAUUAUCGACUUCCAGACGUGCAGUAAGCCUGCUUACUGGUGGGAUACCCUGCGGCCUUCCAUGAUCUGUGCUGGUUAUGAGUCUCCAGAUGAGCUUAAGUCAGCCUGCCAGGGUGACUCUGGGGGUCCAUUUGCAUGUAAGGCUGCUGGAUCCAGCUCCACCUGGGAGGUUCAUGGCAUCGUCAGCUUUGGACCUCAGGGCUGCAUCAGAGACAAGAAACCCUCGGUGUUCACUCGUGUUUCAGCCUUCAGUGACUGGAUCGACCACAACAUCAAGAAGUUUAUGUAUGAGAAGAGCCAAAGCAGCUAAACAGGAUCUGGAAAUAAAGAUGUCACUGUAGCUAUUUUUCA